GUAGUCCUCUUCAUUUAUCGACAUCGAACAAAAACUGAAACCACAUUCACAUCUAAAUUUUGCAGGCUGCGGGACCGAGGGGAAAGGGACCCUCUGACUUGGUGCUCAGAAGAGGCAGACAGGGGAUGUGGAGAGACGGGGUCUGUCCUGUGUGCUGAAUCCCGUGACCGAGAGAAGAGGAGCUGGUAGUCACAGAGGACCCCACUCCGCACCGACUGGGCUCCUCAACCUGGCACGUUCAUGGGGUCCCAGAGCCAGGAGCACAUUUAAAGUCAUACUCCAAAUUCAAACACCUUGGCCACGGUUAACUAGACAUUCUCCCUGGUGUAUUUGAAGAAUAUUACGAUCUGGUCAAACUGUUCUUGUUAAGAGGAUUCUCUAAUUAGACAGUAUCAGGAAUGUAUUUUCAAACCGUUUUCUCAGUGGGCAGCAUUAGUAACAAAUAGUCUUUCUACUGAACCACAGGAUCACGCCUUCAUAGAGCUAUGUAAGAGCCUAGAAAUGCCUUUUUCUUCCAGCACUUUCCUAGAACUCCCAGCAACAGCCGGCACGGUUGAGAGCACAGCUUCCCUGACACGUGGUGCCCCAGGGCCCGUGUCCGGGUCCUCUAAUCCUGUGGCUUCACCUGGAAGCCCUGCUCUCCUGCCAUCCAGGGUCUGCAGGCUCGGGGUCGGCCCCCUCUCCCACCUCCAGGGGUGUCAUCUGAUUUAUUUCCCCAACCGCGGACGUACAUAGCCACGCUCCCUCUGUGUCUGCAGGGAUCCUGCUACCCUUCUAGCAAAUAAUGGAUCAAAGGACAGCUUUUCGUCCUUGAGGACUCAGGCUAAGAGAAAUGAGGCCUUGCUCUGUGCUAUGCAUGGAAAACUUGAUAUUAAACACAUCGUGGGCGGUCAGUUGCGGGGUGGAGUCCCACCACCUUCAGUUCCUAUGCGGGUAAUGUAUUCCGCUGACUUUGAACUGACUACACCCAAACCACACGUUUGUAAAUAUUUAACUGUCUUCUAACUUAAUGAAAUCAUAAAGCUAGCCAGAGUGUUGGGAAGUGUGGUCCGCGUGUGCCCCUUUAAGGCGGGGAGGCAGUUUAGAAUCAAUCGCUGUUCUCUGAGAAGGAGUGGCAGGGUCAGGGUGGCUGUGGGGGGCCAGGACCCCACUUGAUGACCGCCCUGGACUAGAAUGCUGAAGGCUCACCUGGGGGCCGACAAGCCAGCGGAGACAGAGCCGAGCUGCCCAGAGGAUGGCGGGGCCAGGCCCCACCCCGAAACAGCGGCUGGGUGCUCCCCAGAGGACGGCAGGGCUGAGGACAUGCUGCGGCUGCAGCAAGAGUUCUCGGGGCUCCGAGAGGAGUUCAGGAGGCAGGAGGCCCGCUGGGCAGCCACGCACCGUGAGCUCCGGGCCCAGAUGGACGCGCUGGUGAAGCAGAACCUGGAGCUGUGGGCCAGGUUGAGGGCCUCGGAGAGGCGGCGCCUGGAGGCCAAGCGGAGCGCGGCGGGCUCGGUGCACGUGAGAAGAUGCUCAGACACUCAGGUGUCAGAGUCUACUGUCGGAAAAACGUCCCCUCUGCCAGCUGAUGCAGGGAUAACGCCGAAACAUGCUGGCCGAAGUCACAGUGCAGCGCUCCUAGGACUGCCGUCAGGGAAGCCAAUAAGCAGAGAGACAGAGAAAACUGACUCAGGGAAACCGAUACCAUGUGAAGAUGGCGAUAAGACUCUUUCCAGAAAUCUUCAAGACAGACAUGCAAAGCCUCCUGAGAGGGAACAAGCCUCUGAAGAAAGGCCAGCCCUGUCUGAGGAUGCAAAGGUGCUCCAACAAUCACCCCAAAGUCUGCAGAAAUGGAGCGGCAGGAGGUCCCCAGCACCAGCUGCUCUUGAGGUCGCCCCCCAGGACCACCGAGCCAAGGACAACCCGGACACACGCUCCUUGCCCUCCGGGAGGGACGCAGGCAGGCCCCGCGCCCGGACCCCGAUGGAUGAGCCCAUGUGUCCCUCGCCAGGCAUCUCCGAGGAGCCACAGGAUCUUCCUGUAGAACCAGAGUCGCCCCCACAUGCAUCUCAGCAUGAGGACACCGAGAUAAAACAGGAGGAGGAGGGGGAAGUCCAGCACCCCGAGGACAAGACACACUCUGCCGGGGCUCAGACAGUACGUACGGCACAUCGCCGGCCUCUGGAAGUCGGGCGCGUUCCCAACAAGCAGACAGAAAAAGUCUGCUCUGACGGCUCAAAGGAAAUCACGUUUCCAGAUGGGACGGUGUGGCGUCUGAAUGAUGGACGCGAGGAGACUGUAUUCCCGGAUGGGACCAUUGUGAGUGUGGAGAGGAAUGGUGACAAGACCAUCGUGCUCAGCAACGGUCAGCGGGAGAUCCACACGGCCCAGUUCAAGAGGAGGGAGUACCCUGAUGGCACCACCAGGACCGUGUACCAUGACUGCCACCAGGAGACCAAGGACGCAUCUGGGAGGCUCAAGGUCAGGGAUGAGGCCGGAAACAUCAUACUGGACAGGAAGUAGCUUCUCCCUCAAAACGAGCCUUACCCGUGCCCUUCCAAUAGCACCUUGACCUUCCGACCUUACCUGUGCCCUUCCAACAUUACCCACGACCUUCCAACAUCACCUUGAUCUUCCAACAUUACCUGUGAACUUCCAACAUUACCUGUGACCUUCCAACUUAUGUGUAACCUUCUGACUACAUUAUUUGCUAAAAAAAGAAAUGACUAAUAUUUGUGGCCCUAUAUGAUGAAAAGUCAUGUAAAACUUGAGGACUACCCAAGUCAUCCAGACAUUAUAAAGGAAGAGACAGCCUGGUCCCCAGGGCUCCUGGUUAGGAAAGGUGGCUGCAUCAACACUGGACCAGCCAGACAACAGGAAGCUCCCAGACUAUGACACCAGGGCCCCCGGCCAGACCUCUUCCUCUCUGCCCGUCACAAGAACCAGCUCUACACGUGACAGGCAGCCUUCCCUGGGCCCUGGGCGCCUCUUCCUCUGCCUGCAGCUGGCCCCGGCCCUCUCCUCCUGAAUUACACCAGCUUAGCCUGACCAUCCCGUCCAUUAUCCUCAGGGCACCAGUGCCCAUGACCUUGCUGGGCCACAUAAGAAGACAGUUCACGCCACUACAGGAGCACCCACAGGGAGCCUGACCCAGGCUGAGUGACCUGGCCUCAUGUCCAUGGCUGUGCGGGUGGUAAGCCACCGCCGGAAACUCUGCGUUUUUAAAUCUCGCAGUCAAGGCAAUGACAGCUGCCUCUUUUAUUGUUUUGUAGGCAGCCUAGAAAAUAAGACACAAAGUGGCAUUUAACUGAUUUUUAUACUAAAAUAGCCCCAAAAUACAAGAAAGGAAUAAUUUCCUGAAAAAUCUUAUGACGAGAUGUUUGUAUGUGCUCAUGUCUUCAUGCGACGGAAGUGAAGUAUCAUCUGUUCGUGAGCGUGAUCAUUUCAGUCCUUAAGUCUGUGGUGCACACACCAUGGUCGCCUCCGUGGUUGGGUGAGGCUUUUUGAAGUAACUCAAGAGUAAUGUGUGGUCUUGGCUUUGACUUGAAAAUCGAAGCAUUCUAUUGCAAUCACACUGGAUGGGGCCUUUUCUGCCCAGGAGGCAGCUACCACAGGGUGAGGUCGUUUGUCAGAUGUAACAGACAAAACCAAC